AUGGCGUAUACUGGCCAGUCAACGAGGUCAAAGCUCGCCGUUUUGAGCGAGCGGAUCCACGGCUUCGAAAAACAGAUGGAAUGCGAAGCAAAACAACGCAGGGAAGGGGAAGAAGGUCGUCUACUGGCAAUCAGGGAAGCGAUAACCAAACUGGAGAAGACACUGAACGCCGAAAUCAAGCGAAGAGUCGAGGCAAACAAGGCUUUACAAGCUAUGUUUGAGAGCCAACUUCUCGGAGUGCAAGACAAGCUGUCAUCCGUCUUCGUCGAAAAGUUUGAGCAACUGCAAUGCGCUCUCGACGCCCUGAACGACAGACUUGCUGUGGUUGAAAGAGAGUUCACAGUUGAGCGAGAGAAGCAGACCAAGGAAUGGGAGGAGAAAAACGCAUUACUCGGGCGAGAUAUGACGGCGAUACAAGAAGCCCUUGAGAGUGAGAAGCAGACGCGGUCAGAACGAGAGGUGCACAUCGCGAAACGCCUUGGGGAGCUGGAGUACAGAACGGAAGGCAAAUUCGAGGCAGAGAAGAAUGCACGGGAACAAAAGUACGACCAAGUCCGGGAAGAAUUGGAAGAGGCUAAGCGCAUGCGGGAGCGAGGCGAAGAAAAGUUUCAAACAUUUGUCCUCGAAGAAGUUGCUGCGUUAAAAAACGGCCUGAUUCUCGAGUCUCAGGUGAGCUUCCGGUGUGGGAGGUGUUCUGCUUCAAUUGCGACUCUCGCUGGGGCUAUUCACUCAACCGGAAUGACACAAACCGAUUGCGGCUCGGAUACCGCCAGAGACUAA